AUGAAGUAUCGUAUAUCAUCUUUAAAUAUUUCUAAUAUCAAGAGAGAUGUUUUUAUCAACUCUAUUGGUGCUUCUAUUUUGUGUGGUAUUGGAGACAUAUUUGCUCAAAUUUAUGAGAGUAAAAUAGAUCAUGGUACAAUAGAACAUAAUAUCCCCAAUAUAUCAUAUAAAAGUUAUUCUAUUAUAGAUCAUGAAAUUCUUCUAAAUAGUGAUAAUCGGAUAUAUAAGUUAUAUAGGUUAAUGAAACUUAAUUUAGAAAAAAAGAACAUUUAUAUUAAUAAUUAUUUAAAAAAUUUGAAUUUGAUAAGAACAUUUGUUGUAUCAUUAGAAGGAUGUAUAAUAAAUGGGAUCUUGUUGACUCCAUUUUACUAUACUUUAGAUUAUUUAUUUGAUAAUACCAAAAUAAACCUAAUUUCUCAAGACAAAUCUAAAUUAUUAAAUAUUAAUAAAAAUUCUAUAUUAAAAUAUUAUAAUAAACACGUUUGGUUAGUUGUAUUAAAAAAAGUUAUUUUAAUUCAAACUAUAUUUAUACCAUUUUCACUUGGAUUUUUUCUCUUCUUAACCCCAAUAUUGGAGAUAACUUUAAAUAAUAUCUUUAAAUAUGAUAGAUCAUUUAAGAAUAGCUAUUUUCAUUUAAAAUCCGGAGUUAAAUAUGGAGUUAAAGAAAUUAAAGAGAAAUUUUUAAAUAUAUAUAUUUCGAGUUGGUACUUUUGGCCAUUAUCAGACAUAUUUAAUAUACGUUAUUUACCUGUUUCAUAUAGACCAUUAUGGGACUCUUUUGUUGAUAUAUUAUGGACAUGUUUCAUAUCAUACUCUUCUCAUAAUAAAUUAGAAGCUCAAAAUUAUAGUAUUUUUAAUAAAUAUAUAUAUAAUCAUUGA